AUGGAGAAUCAGACCAUCAACAGCGAAUGGCCUGGGGUCUCCAGCGCCGCGAAAGAUUGCGGUACGGGUCUGUUCCAAUUUCCAGAGGCAACAGCGGUACCCGGACGAAUGCAGCCUUGCAGGCAAGCACCCAGUAACCGGCGAAACGGUGCAAAGGGGCCACACUGGACAGAAUACGUGAAUUAUAAAAGAGGCUCUCAUCCGGACUGCGUUCAGCGGGUUCCAGCACAAGGCCCAACCGCUGCCGCCUAUGGUUGA